UGUCAUCUCCUCUCUGCCUGGAGUUCCUCUGUGACGCAGUCAAGACCCUUACCUGGUCUUUAAAUCAGAUGGCUUGCUGGCUCCCGUGUGGUAGUGUGUUCGGUGAACAAGUUGUUUACAUUUCUUAAUUCUGAGAAGUCACGGGCCACCGGCAAGUUAAGAAACGAAAGUGAAAUCAGCUGAUGGUGACAUCAGUCAGCACAAAUGUACCAAAGUUCAGAGAGCUGUUUACAUCGGGAGGACGGCGUAUGAGUGGGACCUCAGCUCGGGGCUGCAUCUGUCUGCCAUUUCUCUGUUCGCCCUCGUUUCUGGAACCUGACAUUAGAAAGUCAGCGAGAGGGAAGAUUCAACCAACAACAGAACCCGAUUUCCUGUUGCAUCUUUUCAGGAGUGUUCCUGGGGCGCUGCACCUUCUGGUUGUCCCCUGCAAAGCGGGGGAGCGAUGGCCAUCCCCAGGCCCCUGCGGGGCGACCAUCUGCUCUUCGUGGGCAUCAUGAUCCUGGUGGCUGUGGUCAUCUCCCUGCUGUUCUACGCUCUCCUCUGGAAGGCUGGCAACCUCGCGGACCUGCCCAACCUGAGAAUCGGCUUCUACAACUUCUGCCUGUGGAAUGAGGACACUGGCUCCCUCCAGUGUCUCCACUUCCCUGAGCUGGAGGCCUGGGGUGUGUCUCAGGUUGGCCUGGCCCUGGCCAGGCUUGGUGUGUAUGGUGCCCUGGUCCUCACACUCUUUGUCCCCCUGACUCUCCUCCUCGCCUGGUGCAAUGGUGACGAGGGGGAGUGGCAGCUGGCAGUGAGCUUCUUGGCAGCGUCCUCCGUGCUGCUAGCUGGUGGCUUGGGCCUCUUCCUCUCCUAUGUGUGGAGGUGGGUCAGCCUCUCUCUCCUGGGGCCUGGCUUCCUAGCUCUGGGCCUGGCCCAGACUUUACUUGUUCUCUUACUUAUGGCCACGGUUGUGUUCCCUCCAAGGGCCAAGAAGGACAAGUGCCAGCUGGAGAGCUGUUAGACCUACCUAAAGGCCUGAGUGAUUGCGAGGGCUAGUUCUCACUAUGCUCGGAGAAGAGCCGGAGAACCAGAGGCUGGCACGUCUUCUCCGCCACCUUGUUCAUAGCUAAUGCUGCUCUCAAGCUCCAGGAGAUGGAACUCUGCAGAGCAGGUGGGACCCCAGUGUCAAGGAGACCAAGGCAGUAAGGACAGGGCCACCUGCGGCUUCUUAGUGUAGGAUUGUCUCUACAUUAGGACUUCUGAGGACGUCCUAAAAUCACAUGGCUCACUGCCACAUGAAUUCCUGCUUUAUUUAACCCAUCUGGGCAGUUCUUCCUCUAACUUCACGAGGGUAUGGAGGUGAAGAUUCCUGUCAUGAAGCCAGAUUUGCAGGUUGAUCUGUAAGACUGCCAAACUUUAACUAGUGACAGUUUAUGGGAACAAAUAGGACCAUUAUGUAAAAGCACCUAGUGUCCCUCAGGCUCUGGUUAGGAUCUUCGCUCCUCCCUCAGUGAUGAGUGGCUUGCUGCAAUGAGCCCCUCACUGGGACUCCAUCCCCAUGGCCCAGGAAUGGCCCCCAAGGGAUCCAAUAAAGACAGAACACACAUGGCGCAAAAAAAAUUAGAGGUUUGGAAGGUCCCUCCACAAAGGACAGAGCAGGAGUCAGCUAGCAAGCACUCUUAUCAUUGUGACUCUGGAGGGUGGGGCAGGAUGCACCAGAUCUUUGGGCCGGAGAAGGUAGACUAGACCAAAUGGAUCCACACACAGAGGCUAUGUCCCCUCUCAUCUCCACUCAGAACUGGAAAAGACAGAAGCACCACAACCCAUGCAUUGGAGAACUCUGUGUAUUUCUGGCACCUGUAUGGCAACGAUUUACUCAUUCUAUGCCUUUCCAAAGCCACAUUGAAUACAGAGGCAGAAACAUGGA